AUGGAAGAAGAAAAAAAUGAAAAAUUAGAAAAUAAACUAAAUGGAAAUGAUAUAAAAAAAAGAAAGAAAAGAAAAAAAAAAAUUAUUAUAAAUGUCCGAAAAAAAAGUCAACGCUCCUCACUGUCUACCUCGCAAAAUGACGUAGAACAAAAUGAAUUUAUAGAAAUAAAUAAUAAGAAUGAUAAAAAUAAAGUGAACAAUGAAAGGAAUAAUGAAAAUAAAUCCAAGGAUAUAAAGAAUGAUAAAAAAAAUAAUAAUAUAAAAAAUACGAAGAAAAUUCAAUUCUUUGAUAAACAAUAUAAUAUAAAUGAAGUUGAAAAGUGCCAAAUAUCUGAAUUUCUUUUAAAAAGAUGA